AAAGAAGAGAGAGAGAGAGAGAGAGAAGGGGGAAUAUCUCAAGAUUUGUUCUGGUGUAGCAGCCAGGUGAGAAGAUCGACCUUUGUUGCCACUGCGACUGGCUUCAUCGUGCCCUCGCUGUCCCUUUCGGUUACAACUGCGGCACUGUUCCACUCAAAGAAUCGAUUCAGCACGCUCAGUGGAGUGUCCCAUGUAAUCUCGAUGAAUUUGCGGUUUUUGCCCCGCGGUUUUCUUCGCCCUGUUGUCUUUGAGGGCUCUCCGUUCUCGCUCGAGUCGAUUGCAAGGAUGUCUCGGGGAUCCGUGACCACCUCGGUCAGUUUCGAGAAAUCGAACAUGACCUCCGAGACAGGAGUCUUCCCAGUUGCGCGUCCAUGA